CCUAUAUAAAGGUCACUUGAUCCUUGCAGAGCAGUGAAGUCUCACACCUAAACAGGAGCUAAAAUGGCAAAGAUCAUUUUCUAUGAGGGCAGAAACUUUGAGGGCCGCUCCCAUGAGCUUACCUCGGAUCAGCCCGAUAUGCACUCUCACCUAAGCCGCUGCAACUCCAUCAAGGUGGAAAGUGGCUGCUGGAUGAUCUACGAGCGCAGCAACUACUUAGGUCAUCAGUACUUUCUGAAGAGGGGAAGCUACCCAGACUACCAGCAAUGGAUGGGAUUCAAUGACUCCAUCAGGUCCUGCAUCAUAAUCCCACAGCCCAGAGGCAUCAGCAAGAUCCAAAUCUAUGAGAAAACUGACUUUGGAGGCAGGAUGACGGAGUUAAUGCGUGACUGCUCUUCUGUCUCUGAGGAAUUUCGUCAUGGAGAUAUCCAGUCUUGCCAAGUAAUUGAAGGAAGCUGGAUUUUCUAUGAACAGCCAAACUACAGAGGACGGCAGUACCUCCUGAGGCCCGGCGAAUACAGAAGAUUCACUGAAUGGGGAGCCAUGACCUCAAGAGUUGGGUCUUUGAGGCGUGUGGUGGACACUUACUAA